AUGGCUGGAGUGCUUCUCCGGGUGAAGCGCUUCGUGAACAGAAAGAUACAAAUUAUGUGCGGAAGGCCUCUCUUUUGGGACCACUUGAAGCGCAUCGCGGUUGUCCAAUACGGAAUUCUUCUCGCUGCUGAUGAUAACAUUGACGUCCGUUCCCUGUGGUUUUUCAACAUGAUCCAGACAAUGUCGUUCGACAGUAUGGUUAGGUUUUUCGACGGAUUUGUGCGAGAAGCACGCAAGGAGCGCGACGAGUACUACCGCGAGAAAAGGGCCAAAAUGCAGCGGGGUCGGGAGGAGGGCGCCCGGCGACGCGCUGCAAAACAGAACCAAGAACUCCAAAACUAA